CUUUGAUUAUGAGCAUCUGUUUCAGCAUCAAUUUUCAAAUUCAUGAAGUUUUGGAAUCAUUUCUGGAACUUAAUUCUCGACUAGAGUGCUAAGCUUAGCCUCAUUCUUUUCUGAUGGCUCUGCUCCUGGAUAUCUCAUGUGAUGAGCUGGAAUAUGUCUAAGCAGAUGUGAUGCUCAGACUUGACAGCUAAGAAUAUUGAAUUGAAUUGUUGUUGAGCAUGGCAACUGUGACAAGACACCUCAAGUUGAUAAACAAAAAUGUUACUAAGAGGAUAAAGGUUCACAAGAAAGGGAACAGAGGGAUCUGGUAUCCUGAAGAGAGUGUAGCUCCUUAUGCAGUCAACUUGGCCCGCUUUUAUCAUCUUCGCAUGCUGCCUGGUCUCAAUGUUCAACUGACAAAGAACCGGACCUUGCGCUCUUUGGAGGCUGGACAGGUUGUGGUCACUCUUGAGAAGACCAACCUAGAUUGGAAUAAAGUCUUGGUGCAGCACCAUUUCCCACAUCUGAAGGGGAAUGAUGCAAACUUCUAUUUCCCCUACAUCCAUGUCAUCCCCAAGCCUCAGCAUCAAAACUUCAGGUUAAUUGAUCAGACGUGAAUUAUGUAUAUUGCAUUUUGGACUUAGUGCUGAAUGUGUAGUGAGGUCUGAGUGAAAGUUCUUCUAUUGUUGUAUCACUGUGUGUAUCAAGUCAUCUCUCUGAAACAAUGUUUCCACAAGGUUCAAAUACUGGAG